CUCACAAAGCUUUGCUGCAGAAGACGCAAUCAUGUCUAUUAUCUCCGCUUUUUCAUUGUUUGACCAUCCAUUUUCAAGCAUGGAAAAGGUUCAUAUGAUUACUUGACACUUGAUCACCGACUACAUAUUCAACAGACUUUUGUUUGCAGAUUUGAAGAUUGAAACCAGAAUUGAAGCUGAAUUUUUCCUCUGAGAAGGGAGAAAAAUGAACACUACCACCAUAAAAGUAGUGGAUGGAAGAGAUCAUGUUAUUUCUUUCAUUGAUUCUCCUACUGAAUCACUGGCAUCUUCCCUGGAAAAUAUGAUGGGGGAGAAUACUUUCCUGCCAUCUAGGUGUUGCAUCUUCAAGACCCCAAGCAUACUUUACAGGCACAAAGAACAAGCAUACAUCCCCAAUGCAUUUUCAAUUGGGCCUUUUCACCAUGGCAAACCAAACUUGACAGAGACAGAAAAGAUCAAAUCCAAGUAUCUUCAAGGCCUCAUCUCUCGAUCACAUUCACCAGAGGCAAGGUUGAGGCAGUGCAUUGAUGUUAUCAUAGAGGUCGAGAAAGAGGCUCGGGAGUGUUAUGCAGGUACAAUUGGUUUUAACUCUGAUGAAUUUGUGAAAAUUUUGGUGCUUGAUGCUUGCUUUAUUAUUGAGCUGUUCCGCAAGGAUGCAAAGUUGGUGCCCAAAGAUGAGGAUGACCCUAUAUUCACCAUGUCCUGUAUGCUACAAUAUUUGUUUCAUGACUUGAUUUUGCUUGAAAACCAAGUACCUUGGCUAGUGCUGGAGCGUAUAUUUAGCUUAACUGCUAGUCCAAGUGAAAGCGAGUCCCUUGUUGAACUUACCCUUGAAUUCUUUGGUAACAUUUUCUCAUCUGAUAAACAUUCCAUUGAACCUCACCUUUUUGUCAACCAAGAGAUCAAACAUAUUCUUGACUUGUUAAGGAAGUUAUUGCUUUUACCAUACAGAGGUGAAGAUCAUAACCAGCAUUGCUUCGGAUGGCAACCCUUUCCUUCUGCUACAAGUAUCAAAGAAGCUGGAAUCAAAUUUAGGAAAGUUGCAUCGAAUAGUAUCUUGGAUAUAAGAUUUAGCAACGGCAUCCUUGAAAUGCCAUCUUUGCUGAUCCAAGAGACCACCGAAACCAUCUUAAGGAAUCUGAUUAGUUUUGAGCAGUGUUAUCCAAACUGUAUCCCUAGAGUCACAUCUUAUGCCAUACUUCUAAGUCAUCUCAUCAAAACUCCUGAGGACUUGGAUGUACUUUGUGAUACUGGAAUUAUAGAUAAUUGGGCGAUUCCUGAGGACUCAACCAAGUUCUUUAAGACGCUGUAUCAUGAUUCUUAUGUGAAAGAAUUCCACUAUUUGAGACUUUGUGAGCAAGUGAAUGGAUAUUGCUAUCAUUGGCGGUCUAGAUGGCAUGUUUUUUGUAAGCAAAACUAUUUUGGUAAGCCAUGGGCUAUUGUUUCUGAAAUUGCUGUGGCUACCCUUUUGAUUCUCACCUUAAUACAAACCUACUGCAUCGUCUUCAAAUAAGAGGACUUUCUUAAGGACCUGUAAUUAGCAUGUAUUGUGGAAGAAAUCAAGAAAGUGAAAUUUCCAAUUCAUAGAAAGUACAUUUAUAGAUGUUUGUAAAAUGUAAAAUCGUUCAUAGAUAUACCGUGCAAAUGUUCAGCUGCAAUAAAUGUACUUCUUUGAUUAUU